AUGGCAUCACCUCUGACCUGGCUAUGCAUUAUUCUAUGGCUGGAAAAUGCCAUGGGGAAACUUGAAGAUGAGGGCACCUUGUACUCAGAAAAUAUCAGUCGGAUCCUGGACAGCUUGCUUGAAGGCUAUGACAAUCGUCUGCGGCCAGGAUUUGGAGGUGCUGUCACUGAAGUCAAAACAGACAUUUAUGUAACCAGUUUUGGGCCCGUGUCAGAUGUGGAGAUGGAGUAUACAAUGGAUGUUUUCUUCCGCCAGACUUGGACUGAUGAGAGAUUGAAGUUUGGGGGACCAACUGAGAUUCUGAGUUUGAAUAAUUUGAUGGUCAGUAAAAUCUGGACACCUGACACUUUUUUCAGGAAUGGCAAAAAGUCAAUUGCUCACAACAUGACAACCCCUAAUAAACUUUUCAGAAUAAUGCAGAAUGGAACCAUUCUAUACACCAUGAGGCUUACCAUCAAUGCUGACUGUCCCAUGAGGCUGGUUAACUUUCCUAUGGAUGGGCAUGCUUGUCCACUCAAGUUUGGGAGUUAUGCUUACCCCAAAAGUGAAAUAAUAUAUACAUGGAAAAAAGGGCCACUUUACUCAGUAGAAGUCCCAGAAGAAUCCUCAAGCCUCCUACAGUAUGAUCUGAUUGGACAAACAGUAUCUAGUGAAACAAUUAAAUCUAACACAGGUGAAUACGUAAUAAUGACAGUUUAUUUCCAUUUGCAAAGGAAGAUGGGAUACUUCAUGAUACAGAUAUACACUCCUUGUAUUAUGACAGUCAUUCUUUCUCAGGUGUCUUUCUGGAUUAAUAAGGAGUCCGUCCCAGCAAGAACUGUCUUUGGGAUCACCACUGUUUUAACUAUGACCACUCUAAGCAUCAGCGCCCGACAUUCCUUGCCAAAAGUGUCAUAUGCAACAGCCAUGGAUUGGUUCAUAGCUGUUUGCUUUGCUUUCGUGUUCUCUGCUCUUAUUGAGUUCGCAGCUGUCAACUACUUCACCAAUGUUCAGACACAGAAGGCCAAAAGGAAAGCACAAAUUUCAGCCUCACCCCCUGUGACAAUAUCAAAAGCAGCUGAACCUUUGGAAGCUGAGAUUGUUGUGCAUUCUGAUUCUAAGUACCACCUGAAGAAAAGAAUCACCUCUCUGACCUUGCCAAUCGUUCCAUCUCCUGAGUCCAGCAAAGUCCUCGCAAGAACACCCAUCUUACCAUCUACACCUGUUACACCUCCACCACUCUCACCAACCUUUGGAGGCACCAGUAAAAUAGACCAGUAUUCUCGAAUUCUUUUCCCAGUUGCAUUUGCAGGAUUCAACCUUGUAUACUGGGUAGUUUAUCUUUCCAAGGACACGAUGGAAGUUAGUAACAGUGUUGAAUAG